GUUUUCUUUCUGUUUACCUACUCAUCCCUUUUUCGCAUACACCAACACCAGAAGUAGGGGAAGCGGAAAGCUGUUUUUUUUUUAUUUUCCCCCGUGUGAAAGAGGCGCGGCACUCUUAGUUGACAAGAACCGAGGGAACGGCAUUCUUGUUCAUCUCAUCGACUGGUAAGGGAGAGUGUAACUUCCGCAGCAGCAGCAGCAGCGUCUUGUUGUCGUGAACACACACGCACGCAAACGAAAACCGCAGAAAAGGAUGCUGCGCCGCACUUACCGAAAGCUUCUCGGGUACACCCCGGUCAACCCUGACACGUCGCCGAUGAUCAUGUACAGCCAGUACCACUGGCACUACAACCUUCCGCAAGGCAUGGAGCGACCACACAGCGUGAAUCGGUCGCUGCCGGCACCUUUUCAGGCCCACCACAGCUCCGUGAACAAGUACCGCGGUGUCUGGAUUGCCACGGCGAUGCACCCUGCAUUUUUGAUCGGGUUGGAGCCGCAGCUGAAGAAGCUGCCGCAUGGGCGUGUCGUUCCCAAGACGCCGGUGGCGGAGGUGGUGGCUGAGUACGAGAAACUCAGCCCUCUCAUCGACGACGAGGCGGCGCGGGAUGGGUGGCUGGCAAAGGUGUUUCAGCACUGCGCCUUCCAACGCAGUGGGGCGGAGGCGAUGGCGCUGUGGGACAAAUACUGUGCUCCGCGCUUCAUGCAAGAGGGCAGCACCGCAAAGCCGCCGCUGCCACUUGUGCAGGCUAUUCUCUUCUGCUGCAGCAAGUCUGACCACGCAGGGUGGAAGCCGAUCUUCACGAAGUGUCUUAAGGACGGGUGGAACUGCACGCCUUCCUUCGACACCCCGCAGUGGAGCUAUCUGCUGAAGAGCGUCGGCCGCCAGGACGAUGAGCAGGGUGUGAAGAUGAUCCUAGAGGAGAUGGCCGAUGUGCAGGCAGACUUAGACCGCGUCGAGGCCCGCUCCAUCGUCUACGCCUUGAACGCCGUAAAGGACAAGGCCAUCUACAACUACAUGAAGAAGUACCUCUUCUACUUUGGGGAACGCAAGGUGAAGUUUCUGCGCGUCACCUACGCCGACCUGCGCGGCCACGGCGCCGAGAAGCUGCGUGUGCCGCUGAAGGAGAACGACGCGAUGUUCUACCAUGUUGCCUGGCACGCGAACAUUCGGCAGCCGCGCCAGUUCUCGCCACGACAGCUCUACUUUGAUCAUCAGCCGUCGCACUUAGGAGCUACUGCGUACAGCCCAAACUCCAAGGUGGAUGGCAUUGUGAAGGAGAAGAUCGAGAAGUGGAAGGCGGAGGGCUUGCUUCCAGAAGACUACGUGCACGAGGAUCGCAUUUACGAUCGUACGGCUGCCUUCAAGAGCGUCUCACGCCAGGAGAAGUGGAAGAAGGCACCGAAAGUGGUGAAGAGUAAGCGUUACGGCUACUCAGGCGAUCCGUAG